ACCUUCAGAUGGAGAUGAAGUAGCAGCAGCAGCAGCAGUCGACUAACAGGGCAACAACAGCGUCAGUUCCGCGGAUCCGGAGGUUUCUCUGUUCAGGAGGGACAGGUGACGGACACUCACUCGGCAGCCUUAACGUUCAUCGUUGAUAAUCACCGAGGUUUCACCUCCUCGUGCGCACCCUCCGUUUGCCACAAUAGAUGUUUCUCAACUACAUGCAUUUCGACCUGAUCAUCUAAGCCCCGGUCCAACACGAUGGAAAAUGCGCACACUAAAUCCGCGACCGAAGUUUUGGACAACUUCGGCGUGAACGAAAACACUGGGCUGACUCUGGAGCAGGUCAAAGUUAAUUUCGAGAAAUAUGGAGCGAACGAGCUCCCAGCUGAAGAAGGGAAGUCCCUGUGGGAGAUGGUGGUGGAGCAGUUUGAGGACCUCAUGGUCCGGAUCCUGCUGCUGGCUGCCUGCGUCUCCUUUGUGUUGGCUCUGUUUGAGGAGGGAGAGGAGACGACCACAGCCUUCGUUGAGCCUCUUGUCAUUCUACUUAUCCUCAUCGCCAACGCUGUUAUCGGAGUGUGGCAGGAGAGAAAUGCUGAGAACGCCAUCGAGGCUCUGAAGGAGUACGAGCCAGAGAUGGGGAAGGUGUACCGCAUGAACCGCAAAGCCGUCCAGAGGAUCAAAGCCAGAGACAUCGUCCCCGGGGACGUAGUGGAGGUGGCAGUUGGUGACAAGGUGCCCGCUGACAUCAGAGUGACCUCUAUAAAGUCCACCACGCUGCGUGUAGACCAGUCCAUCCUCACAGGGGAGUCUGUGUCCGUCAUCAAACACACUGACCCUGUUCCUGACCCCAGAGCCGUCAACCAGGACAAGAAGAACAUGCUCUUUUCUGGCACAAACAUCGCCGCAGGCCGAGCUAUAGGGAUUGUCGUCGCUACCGGCGUCUCCACAGAGAUCGGUAAAAUCCGUAACCAGAUGGCCGCCACAGAACAGGAGAAGACACCGCUGCAGCAGAAGCUGGACGAGUUCGGCCAGCAGCUCUCAAAGGUCAUCUCUCUGAUCUGCGUGGCUGUGUGGGUGAUCAACAUCGGGCACUUCGGAGACCCCGUCCACGGCGGCUCCUGGGUCAGAGGAGCGAUCUAUUACUUCAAGAUCGCCGUGGCAUUAGCCGUGGCCGCCAUCCCAGAGGGGCUGCCCGCCGUCAUCACCACCUGCCUGGCCCUCGGGACUCGACGCAUGGCCAAGAAGAACGCCAUCAUUCGCAGUCUGCCGUCAGUGGAGACCCUGGGCUGCACGUCUGUCAUCUGCUCUGACAAGACGGGGACCCUCACCACCAACCAGAUGUCCGUCUGCAGAAUGUUCAUCACAGACAAAGUGGAGGACUCCGACUGCACCCUUCAUGAGUUCUCUAUAACUGGUUCUACGUAUGCCCCCGAGGGACAAGUACUAAAAGGAGACCGGCCCAUCCAGUGUGGUGACUAUGAUGGACUUUUGGAGUUGGCCACUGUGUGCUCUAUGUGCAACGACUCCUCACUGGACUACAAUGAGGCCAAAGGAGUUUACGAGAAGGUGGGUGAAGCCACAGAGACGGCUCUGACUACCUUGGUGGAGAAGAUGAACGUUUUUAAGACCGAUGUGUCCGGACUCAGCAAGGUGGAGCGUGCCGGCGCAUGCAACGGGGUGAUCAGGCAGUUGAUGAAGAAGGAGUUCACCUUGGAGUUCUCUCGUGAUCGCAAGUCCAUGUCCGUCUUCUGCACUCCUGUCAAGCCCGGAUCCCAGAGCAAGAUGUUCAUCAAGGGCGCCCCAGAGAGUGUGAUCGAGCGAUGUCAGUACCUGCGGGUGGGAACGGGGAAGGUGGCGCUCACCCCGGCUCUGCGGGACCAGCUGUUGUCUAAGAUCAGGGACUGGGGGACAGGCAGGGACACUCUGCGCUGUCUGGCUCUGGCAACACACGACAGCCCGCCUCGCAGAGAGGACAUGGACCUGGAGAACGCCACCAAGUUUGUUCAGUAUGAGCUGGGUCUCACCUUUGUCGGCUGCGUGGGCAUGCUCGACCCGCCCAGGAAGGAGGUGAUCGGUUCAGUGAAGCUCUGCAACGAGGCGGGCAUACGAGUAAUCAUGAUCACCGGAGACAACAAGGGCACAGCUGUGGCCAUCUGCAGACGGAUUGGCAUCUUCGGAGAAGAAGAGGACGUGACAGGAAAGGCUUAUACGGGUCGUGAGUUUGACGAUCUGCCGCUGGAGGCCCAGAGGGAGGCGGUGAAACGGGCGAGGUGCUUCGCCCGGGUGGAGCCGGCUCACAAGUCGAAGAUCGUGGGAUACCUGCAAUCAUUUGAUGAGAUCACGGCCAUGACAGGAGACGGAGUGAACGACGCCCCCGCCUUGAAGAAAGCAGAGAUCGGCAUCGCCAUGGGCUCCGGCACGGCGGUGGCAAAGUCUGCGUCUGAGAUGGUGCUCUCUGACGAUAACUUCUCCACCAUCGUGGCUGCAGUGGAAGAGGGCCGAGCCAUCUACAACAACAUGAAGCAGUUCAUCAGAUACCUCAUCUCCUCCAACGUGGGAGAAGUCGUCUGCAUCUUCCUGACGGCCAUCUUGGGUCUCCCCGAGGCUCUGAUCCCUGUCCAGCUGCUGUGGGUUAAUCUGGUGACCGAUGGCCUGCCAGCCACUGCUCUUGGCUUUAACCCUCCAGACCUGGACAUCAUGGACAAACCCCCCCGCAACCCUAAAGAGCCCCUCAUCUCAGGCUGGCUCUUCUUCAGAUAUCUGGCCAUCGGAGGUUACGUGGGUCUUGGAACGGUGAGCGCUGCAACAUGGUGGUACCUGUUUGAUGAUGAGGGACCACAAGUGUCUUUCUAUCAGCUGAGACACUUCAUGCAGUGUACGGAGGAGAACCCCAUGUUCCAGGGCAUAGACUGUGAGGUGUUUGAAUCCCGCUACCCAACCACCAUGGCGCUGUCUGUGUUGGUCACCAUCGAAAUGUUAAACGCACUCAACAGUUUGUCAGAGAACCAGUCUCUGAUCAGGAUGCCUCCCUGGGUCAACAUUUGGCUUCUGGGCGCCAUGAUCCUCUCGCUCUCCCUCCACUUUGUCAUCCUCUACGUGGAGCCUCUGCCGUUGAUCUUCCAGGUGACCCCUCUGCGCUGGUCCCAGUGGAUUGUGGUCCUCAAGAUUUCCAUCCCAGUCAUCCUUCUGGAUGAGGCACUGAAAUACAUGUCUAGGAACCAUCUAGAAGCCUAAACUCUUUUAAUCUCACCUUCUGUGAAAAGGUGAUGACGACAAGAAAUACCGCAGGAGAUGGCAGCUGAACUAAGACCUCUCCCUCAACACACUCACACACUUAGACACACACAUGCCUUCCCUCCUCCCUUUACGAGCUCGGAACCUUUUUCUCUCCCCUGUCCUCGUUCCCCGCUCCUGCAUGACCGACAAAACCAACCACCACUAGAAACGAGCAGGGCUUGCAUGCGAGCGAGCGUGCAAGAAAGAAAGAGAGCAUGUGUGUUACAGCGAGCAUGGCUUUGUGUGUGUGUGUGUGUGUGUGUGUGUGUGUGUGUGUGUGUGUGUGUGUGUGUGUGUGUGUGUGUGUGUGUGUGUGUGUGUGUGUGUGUGUGUGUGUGUGUGUGUGUGUGUGUGUGUGUGUGUGUGUGUGUGUGUGUGUGUGUGUGUGUGUGUGUGUGUGUGUGUGUGUGUGUGUGUGUGUGUGUGUGUGUGUGUGUGUGUGUGUGUGUGUGUGUGUGUGUGUGUGUGUGUGUGUGUGUGUGUGUGUGUGUGUGUGUGUGUGUGUGUGUGUGUGUGUGUGUGUGUGUGUGUGUGUGUGUGUGUGUGUGUGUGUCUUUAUAGUUUCCAGAGCAAGAAACAACUGCAGACAAAAAAAAAAAAAAAAGUUCAAACCACCCAGGCUCUGCUUUUUAAGGAUUUCUGCUCAUUGGGUUUUUAACUGUACAAACACAGACUUUUCAGGGAGGGAAGAAGAGGGAGGACAGGGGACUAAAGGUUGAUAAUAUCUGGGAUGGGAAGGGAGGGUCUUUGAACUUAUCACAGAGACUGAAAGACAGAUUGAGAGGCACGUCAUAGAGAGUGCAAUCGCUGGUGAAAGAGAAGAGCAUCAGCAGGAACGUUGGAGGUUGAAAACAGCCAGCUCUGGAGGCGGGAUGAACUGCGUAGAGAGCCAUCGUACCUGCAGAAACAUUAUGCGGAGGCAGCGCCCACGGUGAUGGCAUCGGCAUUAUCAGCUCAACACCUCCGUAUCUCCGGCCAGUUUGUCACAGCGCAGCUCGUUCACUGCUCGUCCUCUUGCUUUGUUGUAUCGCUGCAGAAUGACUCUCCUUUUGCUCUCUCUCUCUCUUUCUCUCUCUCUGUCUCAGAGGCAGCUGUGGGUGGGGGGGUUGGGGGGUUGGGGAGGGUUGGCGUUAUGAUGUUGUCGGGCUCUUAUGUCCGGGUGUGGCGAUGUCGCUCUGUCUAGAAGGUGUGUGAAUAGCUUUACGCUGCUUGGCCCUUUCCUUCUGCUCUUAAUUGGAGGAGCUGAGGUCAGCUCACAGACAGAAAUCAAAUAAAAAAAACAUAUAACAUAUAAAUAAAUAAAAACCAAACCAGCAUAUCAGUAGUGUAGUCGGCCAGUGCACCCAGCUGGUCCUGUUAAGCCUCACUGUAAUGUCCGUCUGCUGUGCUGCUAUCUGACUUUUAGCUGUCAAGAAUCUGUUUUUUAAAGGGAAACAUGGAGAAGAGCGUGAAGCUCCGGGACAGUUUGUGCAGACAAACCGUCCCAGAGCUUCAUGGUUUUGAUCCCUCUUUGUGGUGCUUUGCACAAGUUUCUAUCCUCCUUGAACUUUUUCUACAUUUGGUCAUGUCACAACUGCAGCUCUGAAAAGACUUUAAUCGGGUUUAUAAGCAAUUAAAUGACUGAAAAAUGAAACAAAAUAUAAAAAAAGGGGGAAAUUAAAACAGUUUCCUCGUUAGAUGAGGUGCAACCAUUAGUUUCCAUCAGAAAAACGUCUGCUUCAUGGACUUGUUGUGACACAAUCAUGAAAAACUCCAAGGGGGGGUGAAAUCUUAGGCAGGUGGUUGUAGUUAUUCCUUACCCUGCACCAGCUCUAGUGUGUGCGUGUGUGUGUGUGUGUGUGUGUGUGUGUGUGUGCGCGUGUGUGUGUGUGUGCGCAUUUAGCCUUACUUGAAUUGAUUUGACUCGGUUAGCUUUACAGUCUUUGAAUCGCACAAAUAAUUUAGUUAAAUUAAGUUAAGGAAUGUCAACUAAAACGGCUUGAUCGUCUCACUUGCUGAUGUUUCAUUUAAAUCUUAAGCACAUGUUUCAUCAUCCAUGCCUUAUAACGCCCACUGCACCUCCACAUUGAACAUGUGGUCCAAAUGAAUGUGUUUCUGCGAGCCUUUAAUGACCCCGCCCUCUCACACGCGCCCCCACAGAGACGUCCACCCUGAUCACUGAGAUCUUAAAGAAUGCCCGCUCAGUGUGAGGUGUGUGUGUGUGCGUGUGUGUGUGAGAGGAAACCCUCUCUCCGUUGUCGCUUUGUGCGCUGCUCCCUCGGCUCCUCCUGCUCUCUCAGUGCUUUAGCGUCUCACCUGGGUAUCGUUUUAUAAUGACUUAAAUAGAAAUGUAUUUGACUGAACGAGCCCUCAGGGUUUGGAUUGUGUCUUUAAGUCUUAAUUAUGGGUUUUUGUGUGUCGGGCCCUGGUGCUCCGUGGACUGGGUCAGAGGUCUCUCUUUGCUUCCGUGUGCGUGAGAGGGGCGUGCACAUUCAGUAAACCGCUUAGUAAGAGAAACAGAAAGUAGGAUCUGCACACUCGGUCGGUCCCUUUGGAGGUUUUUUUUUAAAGAUAAAGCAAAUGUUGAAAUGAUCUUUCUGUAAACUACUCUCACUCUGAGUUCCCGACAGACUGUGCAGAACUUUCUUCUUCUUCUCUUCUCUUCCUUUUCCUGCUUCCAGACUUGAUGUAUAAAACAUGUUCCAGUCGUGUGACUUGGAGCAUUACUUUAAAUCUAAGGGACAAAUCCAUCCUUAAACACUUCAGAUUCAGUGCACGGUCAGUGACAAACUUAAGAUGGCGUGACCUCGUCAUAUUUCCAACCCCUCACUCUCUCUGGAGUCAUUUUUUUUUUGGGAAAUCACAGCAAGAAAUAAACUCACACAGAAGAAAUGACAGGUUAUAAAUCACAGCCUCAUCACUGGACGCGCCUCAGAGGAGAGUGGAAAUAAAUCUGGUGAUCCGUUUUCUUAUUCUGGUCCAAAUAGUUGUCUCUUCGGAGUUCAUGACUAAGUAGCAGGUGAAGAAAAAUGAGUUGUUGCUGACACUGUAUUUCUAAUUUUGUGUUCUUGAAUCGUGUAGAUAACUUGCUUACACAAACAAAAAAGACUGUACCUCACUUGUGUAAAGAAAGUGCUGUUAGGAACAUCCAUGCACUUCAUCUCCCUGCAGCUUAAAUCAAUAUAACUAAACAAAGACUAAACAAUCCUUUCUUAUCGUUUUUUUAUUUUUUAUUUUUAUUUUUAAAUCUGUCAACACGGAUUCACCUGUAGUUCUCCUUUUUCGUUCUCUAGCCUCUAGUGGUUGGAGUUGGCAUUACAAUAUCAAGCCUUUUGAAAUAUCGGCCCAAAAUCUCUUUGUCCACCUGCACAAAAAUGUGGAAAAAUCAUCCAAGAAUUAGUUGUUUUCAUCUGGAUCACCCAACAGUUGUUUGUCAAAUUUGACAACAAAAAAAAAUCCAUAAAUCCAGAGAGCGCCGGAUAGUGUAGCGGUAAUGUUGCAUGCCCCGUGUACAGAGGCUAUAGUCCACGACACAGCAAGGGGUGGGUUCAAAUCUGACCUCGAGCCUUUGUUGCAUGACGUCGCCCCACUCUCUCCUCCCAACAUUUCCUCUCUCUCUUCAGCUGUCUGAUCCAAUAAAGGCAAAAAAAAUACACAAAUUCAGAAAGUUUAUGCCGUCUAAACUUUCACCACAUAUUGUUCUCUCGGAAAUUAAACGAUUCAGAUAUUCUAAUAAGAAUUUGAAAAUGGAAUCACCAGAUUGUUUUCUUUAAUCCGGGUCCUGUUUACUUUUAGUCCGAAGCUUUAAGGGUGGAACGUUCCUGAACAUUUCAAAUAAGAAGCUGGAUUUAGUCAUAAAUCACAAACAAAAAAACAGCCUGAUUAGAUCGCACUCACGUCCAGGUCUCACAUAUUCGUUUUCUGACCACCAUGAAGUGAAAGGUACCCCUUAGUCCAGACCAGCAGAGAUCCCCCAAAUCCCCCAUCCCCGUCCCAGCUUUCCACGGCUCUGUAACAUGCUGGCGCCCCCGGCCACCGGGCACUAUAGGUGUGUGUGUGUGUGUGUGUAUAGCCUUGUUAUUUACUACUGAAUCCUCAGCUCUGUACAGAAGACGAGAGUGUGACCGCAUGGAACCUUGUUACUGUAAUAAUAACCUCUACAGUAUAUGAUAUUUAAUUUUUUGAUAACUUCCAUCAGUGAAACCUGCUCGCCAACCACACAGUCCAACUCACCAGUAACCGUUUUCUGAUUUCCCCUCGAGCACACGGCAUCUAAGGAUCUCAUUUCUUUCUUUUGUUUUGUAGAGUAGAGAGGUUUGUUUCUUCUUCAUUGUUUCGGUUUUUACAAUUCCUGGGGUUUUGUGUCUUUUACUGUAGGUAGAAGAAAACGUCAUAAAUAUGUUUAAGAUAGACAAGAGUCAUGCUUACGCUAAUAAAUGACGACGACGAUGAUGAUGAUGAUGAUGAUCAGUGAUGGUUAUCCGGUGAGAGAAUGUUGGAAGAGUUUGUGAAUGAACUGUGUCUGGUUUACACUGAGCGAUAAGCAGUGAUGAAUCCUGGGAUAUGAAGUUUUCUGACUGUACUUUGAAGGGCUCGGCGUGGAUGCAGGCUCUAGAGACCCCCUUUGACAAUCCUCUUCAGUCCAGCAUGGUACUCAAAGUCCUCUACCAUCUGCUCAAAUAAAAAAACAACCUCUAUUGAUGAUCGUGCUCGGGCUGGUAUCAGCACCAUCCGGCUCGUUCUGGUCCGUGCUCUCUUUGUCUCGUUCAGUCUCUAGAGCCCGAGAUCCACCUCUGAGUAAUUAAAGGAUUCUCUGCAUUGCCUUGUUAAUAUUAAUUGUGGACACAUAAUUUUAUAAAUGACAAAGACGUGGAAAAUAAAGAUAAUUUAUCUUGUUAUUUA